GUUUACUUAACCUUUCUAAUUCAUGUCAUAUUUUUUUUAAAUAUUUUAACAAAAAUAUAUUAAGCAAUAAAUAUACAUUUAUAUAUGCCUGAUUCCGGCAUUAAGAUUUUAAGUGCGAAAUUUUCAUUUUUUGAAUUUCCUACAAUAUGGCUUUUAAAUCAUUCUUUCAUUUAGGCAAUAAUACGUGUAAAUGUGUUUUUAUGUCUAUACAAUUUAAAUCUAAAUUAUGUAUUAUUCAAGGAUAUACACAAGGGUAUAGACAAAUUAGAAAUAUUCAUAAAUUGAGAGGUAGAACAAAACUAUCUAUAUCAAAUGAUUUUGUUAGUAGACAAUCAGGCUAUACCUCCAGUUUAUGGAAACCAUUUACUUUUACUGUUGUGUUUAGUGCAACAACAUUUAUUGCUGCUGCAAUUUGGGAAUAUGAACAUAUUAGAAAAAAAACCUAUAGUAUAAUCAGAAAUUACAAGCAAUGGGGAAUACAUCGAACAGGAUGGAGACACAAAAUGGAAACUUGGUGGAGAAAUUUGUCAGAAGGAGAAAGAAUAUUUGUUCCUAUAUGUUUCUUAAAUGUGCUAGUAUUUUUAUCAUGGCAUAUACCUGCAUUUCGACCAACAAUGUAUCGAUAUUUUUGUAGCAAUCCUACAUCUAACCGAUGUUGGCCAAUGUUAUUCGUAACAUUUUCUCAUUAUUCCCUUCUUCAUUUAAUUAUCAACAUGUACGUAUUAUAUGACUUCUGUAAAAUUGCUGUUACGGAAUUGGGUAGAGAACAAUUUUUGGCCCUUUAUUUGACUAGUGGAGUAGUAUCUAGUUUUUCAAGUUAUUUAUAUAAAGCUACAGUUGGUAUAAAAGAUCCUUCUUUGGGAGCUGUGAGUAUUUAUAUUAAAAGUUAUAUAUAUAAUGUUUUUAUUCAUACUAAUAAUUGCACUAUAGUCAGGAGCAAUAAUGGGUGUCCUUGGAUUUGUAUGUACUCAGUUUCCAAAUGUAUAUCUAUCUAUUGUUUUUCUUCCUAUGUUGAAAUUUACAGCAAGUUCGAUUUUAAUAAAAAUAUUUACAAAAAGGCCAUUAAAGCUGUAAUGGGACUAGAUACUGUGGGAUGUCUUAUGCGUUGGCAACGUCUUGACCAUGCUGCACAUUUAGGUGGAGCAUUAUUUGGAAUAUUUUGGCAAAUGUGGGGUAAUGCCAACAUAUGGCAAAAACGUGAACCAGUAUUAGUAUUUUGGCACCAACUGCGUGAACCACCUAGGUCUCAUUAAUAUCUAUUUGUUAUAUAUAAUUGAUAUUAAUAUGUACUAAUAUAUAUUUUUAACAUUAUGAAAAGUUGUAAAUUUAUAAAAAGUGAAAUUAUAUAUAAAAAAAAAAAUGAA